AUGUUGAAGCUGCAGGUUCUUCGGGGCCACCUUACCAGCCUGCCUGAGUCAGGUCCCGUGCUGCAGACCGUGCCUUGCUUUGGUAGCUUUCUGCAAGCCUCGGCCGCAGAUGUGGUGCUGUUGCGUGGAGGGUGCACUCCAAGCUCACCACAGGUGCAAGUCCCGCUGCAGGAUACUACCCCAGAUGAGCUUCUGUCUGCUGUCUUGACCGCAGUCCCGGAUGUAAAACUGAGGCCUGAGCAGCUGGGGGACAUCUCUGAGGGAAAUGUGCUUCAUCCUGGAGGUGGAGCCAUCAUGGCCAGGAUUGCCCAGUUUCUGGGGUCCCUCACCUUCUGUUUCACUGGCAUCCCAGACACUGUGCCUCUGUCCAUUGUCAAUGGACAAUGCUCAUCAGGGCUGCAAGCAGUGGCCAACAUAGUUGGUGGCAUCAGAAAUGGGUCUUAUGACAUUGGCAUGGCCUGUGGGGUGGAGUCUAUGUCUAUGGGUUGGAAGUUGAACCCUGGAAACAUUACUUCCUGUGUCCAUUUUCAGAAGGCCAGAGACUGCCUGAUCCCCAUGCGGAUAACCUCGGAGAAUGUGGUUAGGCGGUUUGGUGUUUCAAGGGAGAAGCAAGAUUCCUUUGCACUGGCCUCCCAGCAGAAGGCAGCAAGAGAACAGAGAAAGGGUUGUUUCCGUGCUGAGAUUGUGCCUGUGACCACCACCAUCCAUGAUGACAAGGGCACUAAGAGGAGCAUCACUGUGUCCCAGGAUGAGGGAAUCUGCCCCAACACUACCAUGGAGGGCCUGGCCAAACUGAAGCCUGCUUUCAAAGAUGGCGGCUCUCCCACGGCUGCAAACACUAGCAAUGGGGCAGGUGCUGUCCUGCUGGCCCGGAGGUCCAAGGCAGAAGAGUUAGGCCUCCCCAUCCUCGGGGUCCUGAGGUCCUAUGCAGUGGUUGGGGUCCCACCUGAUGUCAUGGGCAUCGGACCUGCAUAUGCCAUCCCUGAAGCCUUGGAGAAAGCAGGGCUGACACUGAAUGACGUGGACAUCUUUGAGAUCAAUGAGGCCAUUGUAAGCCAGGCUGUCUACUGUGUGGAGAAGCUAGAAAUCCCCCCUGAGAAGGUGAACCCUCUGGGAGGAGCUGUGGCCCUGGGCCACCCCCUGGGCUGCACUGGGGCACGACAGGUCAUCACGCUGCUGAAUGAGCUGAAGCGCGGUGGAAAGAGGGCAUAUGGAGUGGUGUCCAUGUGCAUUGGUACAGGGAUGGGAGCCACUGCUGUCUUUGAAUACCCUGGGAACUGA